UCAUCCCACAGUGUCACACAACAACAAACGAGAGGGAGGCAGCAGCUGGGGGAGAAGGAGACAGACUGCGUAAAGAGAAGCGAAGGGACAGAGGCUGGGAGAGUUUUCCUUCCACAUCAAUGGAGCUUUUCGCCGAAGCAGAGGAGCAUAAGUGACGCACAGAAAUCCGCUCGACAUGGCCAAAAAUCAGGAAGUGGAGCGCAUCGCCAAAAAGCUGGAUAAAAUGGUGCACAAGAAGAACACGGAUGGCGCUAUUGACUUGCUGAGGGAACUAAAAGACAUCAAGAUGUCUCUGGAGACCCUGCAGUCGACUAGAGUUGGAAUGUCGGUCAACGCAGUGAGGAAACAGAGUUCCGAUGAGGAAGUUCAGACUUUGGCCAAAGUUCUCAUCAAAUCCUGGAAGAAACUGCUGGACGGUUCGGAGGGAAAGUCUGAAGACAAGGAGAAGAAGAAGGAUGGCUCUCCAGUGAGAUCAUCAUCCACCUCCAGUGAUUCUGGCAGCAGUGAGAAAAGUAAGAAGUCUGGGGAGAUGCCCACCACCCCAACAUCCCCAACAACCCCAACCACUCCCACCUUCACCCCUCAGUUCACCUCCUUCCCUCCAGCCCCCGUCACGACUGACAACGUGCGGAACAAGUGCCGAGAGCUGCUGGUGGCUGCCCUGCAGACUGACAACGACCACAAGACCAUUGGAGUCGACUGUGAGCACCUCGCCGCACAAAUUGAGGAGCAGAUCUUCCAGGAGUUCAACUCCACGGAUAUGAAAUACAAAAGCCGUCUACGAAGUCGCAUCUCCAACCUGAAGGACCAGAAGAAUCCAGACCUGCGUCGUAAUGUCCUGUGUGGAAACAUCUCACCUCAGCGCAUCGCCUGCAUGACUGCUGAGGAGAUGGCGAGCGCAGAGCUGAAGCAGAUCAGAGAGGCUCUGACCAAAGAGUCCAUCAGGGAGCAUCAGCUGUCGAAGGUCGGAGGAACUGAGACCGACAUGUUCAUCUGCAGCAAGUGUCACGGAAAAAGCUGCACGUACACCCAGGUGCAGACCCGCAGCGCUGAUGAGCCCAUGACCACUUUUGUUGCGUGUAACAGCUGCGGCAACAGAUGGAAGAUCAGCCCUGCAGCCUCCUGCAGCCAAAUCAGGAGCAGGAGUCCAUGUGGGCGACAGACAGUGGUAAGGUCAAUGGUGAGAGGUCACAGAGGCAGAGGUCAGCAGCAGCAGUGCCCAGGAGUGAAAUGAUUGAUCCAGCAAACGAGAGGGGACAAAAACAACAAAGGAAACAAAGUUUCUGUAGCGGGAGAUGGAGGGAGCACCCUGUGUUUCCAGUUGAAAAAGAAAGAAAAAAGAGAAAGAAAAGCAACAAGACAUCAUCCAUCUUUUACCUUUCCAUCAUUCCUGAAGUAGAGGCAACCGUAGGAUGAAUACGAAGGCGAUGAGGUGAAGUUUGAGAAGUCCACCUUCAACUGGCUCUUAGAGGUGACUGGACGGUCAUGUGGGGAGGGGCAACAUUGGUAAGUAACUGCUAAGAAUUCAUGGCACAGACGAAUAUUUCUCCCCCUGAAAUGCAUUAAAGUCUCCCAAAGCAGUCAUGUACAUCUCCAUGUAACUGUAGAGGAUUUCUCAGAAAUACUUCAGAAUCCCAGAUCGCUUCUUUCUCCGUUUAGGUGUGGUUACAGAUGUGAAAAUUGGGGAAAGGCGGAAAACACGAGAGAGUUGAGGGAGGAAAAAAAAUACAAAAAACUGUUGGAUAAAAAGAAGAAAACACAGGGAUGGACGUGGAUGGACAGAGGUUAAGGAGAGAGAAAAAAAAUGGGUUCAGCACAACUGUAUGGCACAAUUUAUUCAGAGCCAAAAUUUAAAGGACCCUGAUCAAAAAUGUUCAUUCUUGAACUUGGAACCAGCAGGUUUAAAGUCAGUUUGUCCAUCGGUGAGGCCUGAAUUAAUAAAUAAACUAAUGUAAAAGAGCUUUUGAUGUUAAGUACUAUUGGCAGACACUGUAUAAUUGUAUUUUCUUAACAGUUAUAUAUUAAAACUGCAUUCUUAUUCAGCCUCAAACUUCACACCAGGGUUUCUUGUUAGCUUUAGCUGAACCUUUGAAGCAUCUCUUUCUCAGAUGGAGUUUGGUGCCAACAUUCAGGCUAAGCAAACUCAAUCAGCUAACCAAAACUGCAAGAUGCAAGUGAAGGCCCUGGAAAAUAAGCAUUCAUUUAAUUUAUUUGUUUUUAUUUCAGUUAGGUGUCUAUGAUAAUGAUCCAUAUUUGCCCAGGUAAUAAUAUCACUUUUUUGAUUGAAAUAUUUGUACUGUCUUACACAGUCUGUAUUAAAAAUGAACUAUUGGCCCGUGGAUGUUUUUCACUUUCAAAUUUUCAGAGCUCUUAAAUAAUAUUUUAUAAAUAUAAAAUGUAUUUCCUAUGAUCGUGCGUCCACCAUCUUCCUGUCAAACUAAAAUUGUGCUGUCUUUUUAAAUAUUUAAUGGCACACAAAGGUCAAAGUUACCUUUUAAGAUGCUGUUGUACAGAACGAUUCAAGAACAAAUAAUGGAUCAGAAGAGGCUAAAAACAGAAAUGAGUAAAGACAAGGAAUGCAGGUGAAGGAACUCAACUGGAGAAAGUCUUGGCAGUAAUCAGAGAUUUGGGAUUCAAGGAAAAGUAGGAGUGAACAGAGGAGGCAAAAAAGAAGUGAUAAUGUCUGGAAACUUUUGGACCAGGAGGAGUGUGCGAGAGAAGAGAUGAAAUGCUCUGGCAUCAGUCCUGUAAGUGCAGGAUCGCACAAGGAGGGAGUGGAGGUGGUGUGAGACUAGGAUUCUGAGGAGGUACGAGAGCCGCCGUGAACGAGCGACUUGUAGAUGUUGGAGGAGAGGAAUCGAGGGUAGGAGUCCCUGUGCAUCAGCGUGUAGAUCUGCAGCUGGGCGUCUUCAAACGUGUGAGGCGUCGGGUCCUGCAUCUUCCUGUUGAUCACCUCUCGGACCCGUGCGUCCAGACUCACCUGGAGGGAAAGAAGACGACACAUUGCGGGACUGAAUGCGGCGUUUUCAAUUUGUCAAGCUCAAUGAAUACAAGAUGGGAUCUAAAUGUUCAGAGACUGGUCCUGUUCAGCGUGUAUGAAGAACUUCACUGUUAUGUGCAUUCAACAGGUGAGAGCUGUACCUGUUCUGGAAGACACUGACUGAUCAACAUCAGGUUACAUGUGUGUAAAAGUGGUUUUUUAAUUUUUAUAUUGACUGCAAACUGCAGUAGAGAGCAAACAUCCCAUUUGGUGUCCAUCAGCAGUCCGAGAGGAUCCAACCUUCAUGGCUCAUCACUGGUAAGUAGAGGUAGGUCUGCAGCUGAACAGCAGCAUUUAGCUCCACAUUUAGCUUGUUAACAUCAAAUGUUCUCCCUCUGUAUCAUCAGGUCACAGUCUGAUGCUGGGGGACGAAUUCACCUGAUGCCCCUUCAUUGCUCUUUGAGACUGAGAUCUGUCCACUCUGACCCAGGCCUGGCUACCAAUGAUUCAUGAAGGUUGAAUCAAUCUGGCUACUGACUGACACAGAAUGUGAUGUUUGCUCUCUGUUCUAGUUUGACUUUCCCUUUACCACCUGCAUUUGGUCAAAAAAGCAUGUCAAAUUUCACCACAAUUGCACUUAACGUGUAAUAGAUACUAUUCCUAAUGUUGCCCCAACCCAAGUAAAUUCUCUAACCGCGCUGGCUCAAGUGGAUAGAACUGACGUAGCUGCAAACAUUUGCUUGUUUAAACCUGAGCUUUUCCACAAUAUACAGUUCUAUUCACUGUACAGCAGCAGUACAUCCUCACAAUGUAGUCACCACUUGAUUGACAUUCAAAUCUAAUGAGGGACAAGUGUUUACAGCAACCCCAGAAAGCACCAACAUAGAUGUGUAACGUUCAUGACAGAUUAUCUAGAAAUCUGUAGUGUUGUACCCACAGGCUGAUUAAAGUCUGAAGUUGUUUAGUA